GGCAACCAUUGAUGAAGUGGAAACAGAUGUGGUGGAGAUAGAAGUGAAGCUUGACAAGCUGGUGAAGCUCUGCAGCGGGAUGAUUGAAGCGGGCAAAGCCUACAUCACCACCAACAAGCACUUCGUCAGCGGCGUCCGCGAUCUGUCACAGCAGUGCAAGAAGGAUGAGAUGAUUUCCGAGUGCCUCGACAAAUUCGGGGACAGUCUGCAGGAGAUGAUCAACUACCACAUGAUCCUGUUUGACCAGGCUCAGAGGUCGGUCCGACAGCAACUGCACAAUUUUGUGAAAGAUGAUGUGCGGAAGUUCAAGGAAACCAAGAAGCAGUUCGACAAAGUGCGAGAAGACAUGGAGAUUUCCCUGGUGAAGAAUGCCCAGGCACCUCGGCACAAGCCUCAUGAAGUAGAGGAGGCCACGGGCACCCUGACCAUCACCAGAAAGUGUUUCCGGCAUCUGGCCCUGGACUAUGUGUUACAGAUUAAUGUUCUGCAGGCCAAGAAGAAGUUUGAAAUACUGGAUGCGAUGCUGUCCUUCAUGCAUGCCCAGUACACCUUUUUUCAGCAGGGCUACAGUCUUCUCCAUGAACUGGAUCCCUACAUGAAGAAACUGGCUACAGAGCUGGACCAGCUGGUGAUCGACUCUGCAGUGGAGAAGAGGGAGAUGGAGCACAAGCACGCAUUGAUACAGCAGAGGACGCUCCUGCAGGAUUUCUCCUACGAUGACUCAAAGGUGGAGUUUAAUGUUGAUGCCCCCAACGGAGUGGUGAUGGAAGGCUACCUCUUCAAGAGAGCUAGCAAUGCUUUCAAGACGUGGAAUCGGAGGUGGUUCUCCAUCCAGAACAGCCAGCUGGUGUACCAGAAGAAGCUAAAGGAUGUCCUCACAGUAGUGGUGGAAGACCUGCGGCUCUGUACUGUCAAGCCAUGCGAAGAUAUAGAGAGGAGGUUUUGCUUUGAGGUUGUCUCACCUACCAAGAGCUGCAUGCUGCAGGCUGACUCGGAGAAGCUGCGCCAGGCCUGGAUCCAGGCUGUUCAAGCCAGCAUUGCUUCUGCUUACCGGGAGAGCCCUGACAGCUAUUACAUUGAAAGGCUGGAUCGGACUGCGUCGCCAUCCACCAGCAGCAUUGACUCCGCUACUGACUCCAGGGAACGCAGUGUGAAGGGGGAGAGCAUCCUGCAGAGAGUUCAGAGCAUCCCUGGGAACGACCAGUGCUGCGACUGUGGGCAGCCGGAUCCCCGCUGGGCCAGCAUCAACCUGGGCAUCCUGCUGUGCAUCGAGUGCUCUGGAAUCCACAGGAGUCUGGGCGUUCACUGUUCCAAAGUCCGAUCUCUCACAUUGGACUCCUGGGAGCCAGAAUUACUGAAACUGAUGUGCGAGCUGGGGAACAGCACCAUGAAUCAGAUAUAUGAGGCACAGUGUGAAGAGCUGGGACUUAAGAAGCCCACAGCAGGGAGCUCCAGGCAGGACAAGGAAACCUGGAUCAAGGUGAAGUACGUGGAGAAGAAAUUCCUGAAGAAGCUGCCAAAUGGGGAGGCUCUGACAGAGAACGAGAGGAAACCUCGGCGCUGGUGUGUGAAAAAGUGCCAGAGGAACAACAGCACCACGAAAGCCCCCACGGCGCGGAGAAAGUACCGCCACGAAGCAGGCAACGCGUCCCCAGCCACGUUGUCAUCAGCAGCCACCUUGGAGCGGAAGUUCCGACGAGAUUCUCUUUUUUGCCCUGAUGAGCUGGACUCUCUCUUCUCCUACUUCGACACCGGUGCUGGCUCUGGCCCACGCAGUGCCAGCCACAUCUCUAUGCAGCAUCCGCUAGCAGGUGGCCCCUGGAGUGGCAGUGGCAUUGGUCCCGGUGGGAGCGGUACGCCGUUCCUCCUGGACGGAGGUUUGAGCAGCGACAGUGGCCUCGGAGGCAGCACCGACGGCAGCACCGAUAUCCUGGUAUUCGGGUCCGUGGUGGACAGCGUGACGGAGGAAGAGUGCGAGGUGUCUGAAGAGUCAAGCGGUGAGGCAGAGAUCGAACAGGAAGCAUCAGAUUUGGAGGACCUGAGGGAACUUCAUCCUGGCUUGCUGAUUUACAAGGCAGCACAAGCUCGAAACCUGCCUCUCAUGGCAGAAGCGCUGGCACAUGGUGCUGAGGUCAACUGGGUGAACGAUGAAGAUGAAAACAAAACUCCCCUGAUUCAAGCUGUGAUGGGGGGUUCUUUAAUAGCCUGUGAAUUCCUGAUGCAGAAUGGUGCAGAUGUUAACCAAAGAGCCAGCCGGGGCCGCGCUCCUUUGCACCAUGCCACGUAUCUGGGCCACACAGGUCAGGUCUGCUUGUUCCUGAAGCGAGGAGCAAAUCAGCAUGCAGUGGAUGGCGAUGGGCAGGACCCACUCAGCAUCGCAGUCCAGGCAGCAAAUGCAGAUAUAGUUACCUUGCUGCGUCUGGCUCGAAUGAAUGAGGAGAUGCGAGAAGCAGAGGGCCCCUUCGGACAACCAGGUCAAUACCCCAGCAACAGCCCUACUGAGCUCCAGUACAGGAAAUGUAUACAGGAGUUCAUCAGCCUUAACAUAGAUGAGUGUUAGUGACGACUCCCCCACCUCCCCUCUGCCAUCUUCAAGUUGGGCUGGAUUUCUAGAAGCCUUGUGAGCCCUACCCUUGGUAUAUUGGUGUUUCUUGCAGAUUGGUCUGUCUUUACUGCCUGCACAUAUAGGUUGAGAUCCACACAGGAAGGAGAAAGGACCUUUCCUGUUAGCAUGAAGUUACCAUGCUUGACUACUGGAUAGUUGAUUUCAUGUAGGAGUCUUAGGGCAUAACCACAGACCAUGGCAUGUGGACUUGUGUGUGUUGUAAGUAUGUAAGACCAGAGCUCAGCACAA